UCUAACCACCAUGUUAAUUCAUGCACUGAGUGAAGCGUGUUGUAUCGGAAUGAUUGGAGCUUAAAGCAACUUUCCUGUUGUUUUGCUUGUUUCAAUUUCAACAAUCUUUUUUAUCUUAGAAUUAAUUCGUAUACUAAAUUUCCAUUUGUGAUUCCGGUGAAAUAAUACAUGUGCAAGCAAAAUGGAUAGAUAUUGUCGAGUUUGCGCAAGAUGUGAUGAGUUCAGAAGAUUUAGCAUUACAACAGUUUCUCAGAUAAGUGAUGUUGGAAUAGACGACAUGCUUAUUUAUUGCACACAGCUAGAGGUUUCGUCGGGAGAUGGCCUACCGCAACAAAUAUGUGACGAUUGUUUAUCGGCGUUAAACUCAGCAUUUAAAUUCAGAAAGAUGUGUUUUCAUUCCGAUACGAUGUUCCGAGAGAUGGGAGACACUUAUCUCGAGCCGGAACAACCAUUAUUGGGUAUUCCUCAGCAGGUCACACCGAAUAAUCAGCUGCUACACUUACUGCCAGUACCGGAUAGUAACUUCGCCGAUGUUGGUAUUAAACAAGAGUAUGUAGAACAAAACGAAUUCUUCGAUUCUAUGGUGAGUACUUCAGAGCUAAGCGAGUUUCCCGUCCAUUAUCAGUCGAUAGAUAAAGAAACAAAGGCUAUAUUAUCGAAAGCCGUAAGGUCCAAGGCUUCUACCGUUUAUGUUUGUUUAGACUGUAAAUACUCCUCCACAAUUCGGUACAAUUUCACGCGUCAUCAAAAAACGAGAAACCACAUCGAGUUUACCGUACUUUCCACGAAAAAUCCCGUUGAACCCUCAAACCAAAAAGGAAAGAACAGGAAAAGAAAACAGAGAGCCGAUAAAAAUGUAAACAAGUACACUUGUGAGAUUUGUGGCUAUCAAAACACAAAUUAUUUCAAUUUCAAACGACAUCAGUCAUCGGGGAAGCAUCUAAGGAAUAGAUUUAGGAUUCCUAAGAAUCAGGAGGAAAUCUUGCAGAAUUUCAAGUGCGAUUUUUGUGACUAUUCCAGUACUAACAAAAGCAGCAUGUUGAGUCACAACGAUAAAUGCAAAGAUUCGAUUUAUUUGGAUGAAACUGUCGAUCCGGCUGUGCUGUUCGAUUUUACCUCAAAACGAGUUAUAGAUGAUUGUAAGGAAAUAGAACUGUUGCAAGGUGGAAAUGGAGAGAUCAUGUUUCAAGCAAAAUAUAUUCUAGAAAAUAUAAACACGAAUAAUACAACACAUCGACCGCCAGUAAAGUUGAUAACAUCCAUCACAGAAUAUGACUAUUGUUAUAAAAUAACAAUGAGAGGGUUUCGGUGCUGUGCAUGCAGUAUGUUUUUCGAAAAUGGACCUGCUCUUAACAAACAUCGAAAAGUAGCACAUCCGUAUGGUAGAAUAUCCGAUGAGGCCGUCAACCUGUGUGAUAAAUGUAACACUCCCUACUAUCGCCAGGAUAGCUUUCUCCAUCACAAGCUGUUGAAAAAAUCAAAAUCGCUAUUAUUUUGCACCAUAUGUGAAAUAACGAUGGUCGGUAGCACUGCUUGGAUCAAUCAUUGCAACUCAGAGCACAACAGAAAGAUAAUUCACGAUUCCUACGAGAAAGUGAUAGUAGCUGGAACAAUCCGGUGCUGUAGCUGUGAUUGUUUAUUCUCAAGUCUAGAACAACUGGAAACGCACCAAACAGAAAUACACUUUCCUGUAUGGCAAAACAGUGUUGAUAAUUUAGAGCACGAAUGUGAUAAAUGCUUCAAACAAUUCUCAACUUUAGAACAACUAAAACGGCACAUAACGUUGAGAACAUCUAGAACGGUUUAUCGUUGUUUGAACAAGGGAUGUCUUAUGGAGUUCCAGCUGGAAAAAGAGAUUGUUGCUCAUGUUGCUGUCUGUUCAAUAACGGAAAAUGUAGCGGAAGUUAAGAUAAAGCAAGAACCAGUAACAGAAUUGAUAUGUUGCUUUAAAGACUGCUACGAGAUUCUAACCAGUGUGAGAGACUUACAGAACCAUGUGGAGCGCGCUCACAUUCCAAUAACAAAACGGACAGAAGCAGCAAAAUACGUUUGUCAGUUUUGCAAUUUUGAAUCUGAUACAACUGAAACAAGUGACGGCCACAAAUUUGUUGUUCAAGGACGACAUCGCUCCAAGAAGCGUUUAAAAUGUUCUAUAUGUGCAGUCAUCUUCCGUAACGAGCAUCGCCUGUUUUUGCACGAAGAAAUCCAUAAACAAGCGGAAACUAACAAAUGCGCGUUCUGCGAACGGAUAUGUUCGAAUGCAGUUUCGUUGAAAAUGCACGCAAUAACUAAUCAUACGAAAUAUAAGCUUAUCUGUACUAUAUGUGGGAAAUAUUUCCGGAACAAGCAUGGGCUCCGGAAGCACGUUUCCGUGCACGACAACUUUUGUAGGUUCCGGUGUUUCCAUUGUAACUUCAAAACGAAAUCGAAAAACGUGCUCAAGUUGCAUGUGUUUAUGCAUCUCAGAAAGAAAAACCGAAAAACAGCACGAAGUAUACGUAUUAAGUCAAAAAAAUAGUAAAGAAUCGAAUUGUUUACAUUUAAUAAACAAAUUGUGUAAUUAAUAAAAUUAUAUGUAUGUGGUCAUCAUGUAUCAUCUUAUGUAUGUGAAAUAUACUGAAAGAGAUUUUAUU